AUUCACUGUACCAACAGAGCUUAAAUAUUUUUAGUACUCGAUGCUAGAGUAAAGUCUAAGGUGUAUUCUAAUACAUUAUUUGCUCGUAUUACUGCAAACAUAAUUACAGAAAGAAGAAAAGCAUGUUUCUAACAAACAUCUUAAUGAAGAAAGCCAAAAGCAAAAGUAUAAUGGUUCUUAUGGAAAGUGCAAUAACCGGUCAUAAAUUCGUAUGGAUUCGAGAAAGAUUAGCAGACAAACUGGAGAUAAUACGAUUUGAUCCAUACCUCGGACAAAACUCUUUGUACAGAGAGAGACGUCGAAUCCGUAGUAUGUAAUGAGGUUGCUGAUACCAGUAACCAGAAAACAUUCUUCACCAUUAAACGAUUUUCCGCCGAGUCGGUAGUCAGAUUAAUUUCAACCCUCUGGCCCCACUAAACGAGGGGUUGAAAACUCCCUCCCGAAAUCACCCUUGCACUCCUGUUUGAAAUCACCGAGGAACUCACCAUGAAAUCGUUCCAAAUCACUGAUGGGUCACCCGUGAAAAUUUCCAAGCAGUCAAGCGCUUCUCUUCUGUAAGACUACAGGAUUGGAUUUCAUUGUAAAAAUCUUUCAGGCAAUUUUGAAUUUCUUAAAAAAUAGAUAUUUCAUAUUCGAAUAGUGGAAGAAUUUAUUAAACGAAGGUACCAUAUUA